AUGGAGAGAAAGGCCUUCUUAGACCAGGAACCACCACCAGGGUACGUGGCCGGUGUGGGCCGAGGAGCUACUGGCUUCACCACUAGCGCCGAUACCGGGCCGGUCCGUUUUGAGUCGGAAUUUGGCACAGAGGACGAGGAUCGUGGAGUCCUAGCACUGAAGGGAAACGAUGAAGACGAGGAGGCAGACGAGAUAUACGAAGCCAUUGAGAAGCGGCUUGAGAGAAGGCGGAAGCGGAGGGAAGCUGAGACCGAGGACGGCGUGGUCAAGAUCGAAACGGGGUCGGGUACCAUCACCUCUGAGUUUCUGGAUCUCAAGAGCCAAUUGGCGUCUGUGCUGGCUCUGGAAUGGGCCAGUUUACCUGAAGUGGGUGAUUUGACGAGGAGGAACAAAAGACAGAGGCUUCUCGAGCAACAGCUGCAAAGAACGUAUGCUGCUCCUGAUGUGCUUAUUGCAGGGAGUGGAGGAGGCUUCAGAAAUGAUAAACAGGAGGUGAAUGAAAACACAGAAUCGCUUUUGGAGGAGUUGGAGGCUGACGCAGCUCAGCGUGUUGACGUGGACAGAAGCCGACAGAUCUUGGCUUCUCUUCGGAAAACGGAACCUAACAAAGCUGACCUGUGGAUCGCUUCAGCUAGGCUAGAAGAGCAGGCAAAGAACUUCGAGGCAGCAAAGAAGCUCAUUGUCGAAGGAUGCAAUCGAGCUCCACAUUCCGAGCUGGUCUGGCUCGAAAGCAUCAAAAUCCAUAAAAAGUCGUCAGAAAGCACAAAGUUGUGCAAGUACAUCAUCAACGAGGCGCUACGGCUUAACUCAGAGUCAGAGCAGCUUUGGUUGCAGGCUGUGGAGCUUGAAAAUCCAGCUGAUGUCAUUUCUCGCCGGAAGAUUCUCAUGAAGGCUUUGGAGUUUCUUCCCUCGAAUUCAAAGCUCUGGAAAGCGCUUGUGGAUUUGGAAUCUGAGGACGACGACGUAAAGCGGAUUUUGGAAAAGGCCACACAAUUGUGUCCAGACGACUGGGAACUCUGGCUCGGAUUGCUCAAGUUGUCUAGCUACUCCGAUAGUAAAAAGGCGCUCAAUUCGGCUAGAAAGCAGUUGCCUAAGAAUCCGCAUAUCUGGGUCACUGCGCUUAAACUCGAAGAAAGAGAAAAUACCGAAAUCAGUGAGCAGAAACUAGUGAAAAUGCUCAAGAAGGGUUUUGAGGAGCUCGAGAAGAACUCCUACGAUCACGACAAGACGUUCUGGUUGGAAGAGGCUGCCAUAGCUGAAAAAGAGGGUUUCACCAGCACAGCCAAAGCUAUUGUCGAGAACUUAUUUGUGUUGCUUUCUAAAGGUGACAACCAGAUCGAGGAGGUCUUCAAAGCAGCCGAGCAGCUAUCGAAAGAGUCAGCUUCCAAGAGCUCCAUUCAUAUCUACGACUUGCUCACACACGAGUACCCUAACAAUAUUAGCUGCUGGUCACGAUUGUUCAAGGUACUCCGAGAAGAGAAGCUCGACAAAGAGGAGAUCUAUCGGUUUUAUGAAAAGGCGAUCAAGGCCAAUUCCGAAGUGGAGGUUCUUCGCUUGAUGUAUGCAAAGGAUGCUUGGGUCACCUGUUCAGACGUGCCUCAUGCUAGAAGUGUUCUCGAUAAAGCCGAGAAGGAUUUGCAAAAGAGUGAAAAGAUCUACUUGGCUAAGCUCAAGCUUGAGGUUAUGAAUCAUGAUUAUAAGAAGGCUUUCAAUGUAGCCAAACUCGCAUUGGAAGAAUCACCCAGUACCUCGCCCAGAUUGUGGUACAAAUACAUUCAUUUAUUAAGGUUCUGUCAAUUCAAACAGCUAGAGUUUGUCACAGACGUUUCGAUCACAGACAUAUGCGACGAGGCAUUAUCGAAUUUCCCUGAAAACCCAAAACUAUAUUUACAAAAGUCACAAGUGCUUGAAGAUACAGGGGAUCUCCGCCAGGCUCGUGAAACAUUAUCAAUCGGUUCCCGCAAAUGUCCAAAAUCAGCAGAAGUGUGGAUUGCUUUAGCGAAUCUUGACGUCAAAUUGGGGCAUCUUCGAGAGCAAGAUCCAUCCUUGACACUGGAAUUCUUGAGAACCCAGCAAACGCCGAAUUAUGGGCUGCUAAGAUUCUGUUGGAAUUGGAAGAAAAAGAUAUCAUUACAGCAAGGCAGCUUAUUAAUCGUGCUCGACAGCAAUUUGCAUCCUCGCCUGAAAUUUGGAUCCAUCACCUAA